AUGGCGCAGCAAGGAGCUCAGCUGGACAGAGCAAAAUUCUGCUGUUCGAUCUGUUUGGAUCUACUGAAGGAUCCGGUGACUAUUCCCUGUGGACACAGCUACUGUAUGAUCUGUAUUGACAACUUCUGGGAUGGAAAGGAUAAGAGGGAAAUCUACAGCUGCCCUCAGUGCAGACAGACAUUCACAACAAGGCCUGUCCUGAUGAAAAACACCUUGUUAGUAACUUUAGUGGAGCAGCUGAAGACGACAGGACUCCUAGCUGCUCCUGCUGCUGCUCCUGUUGCUGAUCUCUGCUAUGCUGGAACUGAAGAUGUGGCCUGUGAUUUCUGCACUGGGAUAAAACUCAAAGCCUUCAAAUCCUGUUUGGUGUGUCUGGCCUCUUACUGUAAGAAACACCUUCAACCACACCAUGAUGUUGCUCCAUUAAAGAAACACAAGUUGGUCGACCCCUUGGAGAAGCUCCAGGAGAACAUCUGCUCUCGUCAUGAUGAGGUGAUGAAGAUAUUCUGCCGUACUGAUCAGCAGAUUAUUUGUUAUCUCUGCUCUGUGGAGGAUCAUAAAGACCACGACACAGUCUCAGCAGCAGCAGAAAGGACUGAGAGGCAGAGAGAGCUCGAGGUGAGUCAACAAAACAUCCAGCAGAAAAUCCAGGACAGAGAGAAAGAUGUGAAGCUGCUUCAACAGGAGGUGAAGGCCAUCACUUGCUCUGCUGAUAAAGCAGUGGAGGACAGUGAGAAGAUCUUCACUGAGCUGAUCCAUCACCUCCAGAAAAGAAGCUCUGAUGUGAAGCAGCAGAUCAGAUCCCAGCAAGAAACUGAAGUGAGUCGAGUCAAAGAGCUUCAGGAGAAGCUGCAGCAGGAGAUCACUGAGCUGAAGAGGAAAGAUGCUGAACUGAAGAAGCUCUCACGCACAGAAGAUCACAACCAGUUUCUACACAGCUACCGGUCAGUGUCACAACUCAGUGAACCUACAGAAUCAUCCAGCAUCUAUAUCCGUCCUCUGAGAUACUGUGAAUUUGUGACAGCAGCUGUGUCAAAGCUCAGAGAUAAACUACAGGACAUCCUGAAGGAGGAAUGGACAAACGUUUCACUGACAGAGACUGAAGUGGACGUUUUACUCCCACAACCAGAGCCCAAGACCAGAGCUGAGUUCUUAAAAUAUUCAUGUGAAAUCACUCUGGAUCCAAACACAGCAUAUACACAGCUGUUAUUAUCUGAUGGGAACAGAAAAGCAACAUUCAUAAGAGAAAAAAAGUCUUAUUCUAGUCACCCAGAUAGAUUUACUUAUUGGUGCCAGGCCCUGAGUAGAGAAAGUCUGACUGGACGCUGUUACUGGGAGGUGGAGUGGGGAGGGAGACAAGUUUAUGCAGCAGUCGCAUACAAGGACAUCAGUCGAGCAAGGUGGUGGAAUGCAUGUAAAUAUGGACAUAAUAACAAAUCUUGGGCUUUAUGUUGUGACACUAAUGGUAAUAAAUUUUUGUUCAACAACAUAUCAACUCCCAUCUCAGGUCCUCAGUCCUCCAGACUAGGAGUGUACCUGGAUUACAGAGCAGGUAUUCUGUCCUUCUACAGCGUCUCUCAAACCAUGACUCUCCUCCACAGAGUCCAGACCACAUUCACUCAGCCUCUCUAUGCUGGAGUUUGGCUUUAUGAUUAUGGAGACACAGCUGAGUUUUGUAAACUCAAAUAGACAGAAGUCAUUUCAGACUUCAUGUGUCAGAUUAUGUGUUGUAAUGC